AUGGAUUUAUUACAAACAAUUAAUCUUUCUGAAAACGAUGAUAAUUUUAAUAAUAAUGUUGUUUUUCUCCAUGCACCAUUAUAUAAUCCAUCCCUUUUCAUGCGAGCCCAUGUAAUCAAUAAAAUUAAAAUGAUAGCAGGAAAUCUUUGGAAUAUUCAAGACGCCAUGGUUUAUUUAUUUAAUCAAUAUUUAUCUAAGAAAGAAACACUUUGUAAAUGGCCAAUUAGUCUUGAUUGUCGUCUAACCAAUGUCAGUGGUAAUUUGUUUUCUCAUUGUCAACGACUUAUUACUUAUGCUACUAAUGAUUAUUUAUCCCUUCUUCAAUUGAUUUUAUUUAUUCAUAAACAUCUAUCUGACCAUUUUAAUAAUGAUAAAUUUAUUAUACACAUGGGAGAGUAUUUUGUUUAUUUACAUAAAAAAUAUUGA